AUGACGGACUCCGAUGUGGACGUCGGCGGUGGCACUGAUGAUGCCUCAGAUAGCGAGGCAGUGCCUAAUGUCAUCGAAGUUUUUCCCGGAGAAAGGAUGGAUACCACGGCAGAUUGGACACAGAGUCAGAGAAGUUCACCAAGCCUGAACCCAGAACCAAACCCGAGCCUGAGUCAUCCCCGUUUUACGAGUAACCCGGCGCUCUCUCUGCCAAGGGGAUGA